AUGUCGAAUUCAAAGAAGCGAGCUGCCGAAGAUGCGGCACCGGCGAAAAAGGCCAAGAAGAGAAAGGCAAAGCAUGCCGUUGACGACGACAGCCUCGAUACCGAGCUGGGCCUCAACACUCUCUUCUCCAAGAUGGAUGGCCAGCUACUGGCAGACUAUCACGCGCAGAAACUGGCGAGAUUUGGAACCGAUCUGAGUCCUGUAGAGCUUUCAGAUCUAGCCUUGUCAGGUGUACUGAUAUCUGAUAUCCUUGAUGUUGCAGCAUCUUCCAUUACAGACACCACUUCCUGGCAGGAAACCAGGUCGCUAGAAAAGCUGCCUGAAUUUCUCGAAAAGUUCUCAGAACACCCAGAAAGCUUGUCACGGCCGCAGAAAAAGAACGGCAUGCCUCAUACCAUCAUCGUUGCCGGCGCUGGCUUGAGAGCUGCAGAUCUGACCAGAGCUUUGCGAAAGUUCUCAGGAAAAGAUAACCUAGUCGCCAAGCUGUUUGCGAAACACAUGAAAGUCGAGGAGCAAGUCGCCCUACUGCAGAACAAGAAGAUUGGCAUCGGUGUCGGCACGCCGGCGCGUCUGAUGGAGCUCAUUGACAACGGUUCAUUGAAGCUGGACAAGCUGCAGCGCCUGGUCGUCGAUGCCUCCCACAUUGACCAGAAGAAGAGAGGCGUCAUGGAUAUGAAGGACACAAUGAUGCCGCUUGCACGAUUCCUUGCGAGGAAGGAGUUCAAGGAUCGAUAUGCCGACGAGAAGAAGCCUCUGGCGUUGCUCUUUUAUUAA